AUUUUCUGAUCAUCCGACGAAGUAUAUUUCCUUUCCGCCUCCCCCUUUCUCCGUCUCUCCGUCUCUCCCUCUCUCUCUGUCUCUGUGCUCAGAGGAGGAACAAUUGGAUUUUCUCUUGAUACCUUGUAUUCUGCCAUUCUCAUCUUUUCCUCUCUCUCUCUCUUCACCGGCGGAACGGCCACCCAAUUGCCCAAUUCGAUGAAGAUCUAGGGUUGAUUCUACUUGCUGCGAGCUGUGAGGUUCGAAUUCCUUUCGGCUUUACUACCAGGCUUCCAAUAAGAAGUUCUGAGCUCCGGGGAGGCGAAUCGAGAGCUUGUUGGAUUCGUACGGCAGCUUUGGAUGUGUCGCGUUCUGUUUCUUCACGUGGAUGAGAGAUAGGGAGUGAAUAUGGAUUCCAGCGUUGCUGAAACGGCUUCCUUGGAGACCGACUUGUUGCAGCUCAAUGAGGUGUCUCCGUUAGCCCUGAAGUCUAAUGCCCCGUUCGUGGACAAGAUCUUCGAGCAGUGGCUCUCUCUUCCUGAAACCAAUCGCCUGGUAACAUCAUUGCUGAAUGAUGCAAAGGCUGGCAUUCCUCUAAAUGUUCCCGGCAAUUGUUCCAGUCCAAAUGCUACUGCAGGCACUUCAUUACCUUCAAUGUUUCCAGCUGGGACCGCACCUCCACUUUCUCCUCGAAGUACAUCUGGUUCUCCUCGUCUGACUAAGCAGAGAGUCGGCCUGUCUAAUUUAGGUUCCCCUUUAAAAGUAGUUAGCGAGCCAGUUAGAGAAAUAAUACCACAGUUUUACUUCCAAAAUGGCCGCCCGGCACCUAAAGAAAUGAAGGAACAGUUUAUGUUUAGAAUCAAUCAGUUUUUUUAUGGGCACUCAGAAGGAUUGCAGAUAAAUGAAUUCAAGUUAGUUACGAGGGAAAUUUGCAAGCUUCCAUCAUUCUUCUCAACGUCCCUUUUCAGAAAGAUUGAUAUCAAUGGCACCGGCUGUGUAACCAGGGAUGCAUUUGUUGAUUAUUGGAUCAAUGGAAGCAUGUUGACAGUGGAUAUAGCGACACAAGUCUUCAAAAUUUUAAAACAACCUGAUCACAAGUACCUCACUCAGGAAGACUUCAAACCUGUGCUGCGAGAACUUUUGGCUACUCAUCCAGGACUGGAAUUCUUACAGAGCACACCUGAAUUUCAGGAAAGAUAUGCUGAAACUGUAAUAUACAGAAUCUUUUACUACAUAAAUAGAUCAGGAAAUGGCCAUCUUACCCUCAGGGAGCUGAAGCGUGGAAAUUUGGUAGAGGCAAUGCAACAUGCAGAUGAAGAAGAAGACAUCAAUAAAGUUCUGAGGUAUUUCUCGUAUGAACAUUUCUAUGUUAUAUACUGCAAGUUUUGGGAGCUGGACACAGAUCAUGAUUUUUUCAUAGACAAGGAGAACCUUAUCAGAUAUGGAAACCAUGCACUUACAUAUCGGAUUGUUGAUCGGAUUUUUUCUCAGGUCCCUAGAAAAUUUACCAGCAAAGUUGAGGGAAAAAUGGGUUACGAAGAUUUUGUUUACUUCAUACUGUCUGAGGAGGAUAAAUCCUCGGAGCCUAGCCUUGAAUAUUGGUUCAAGUGCGUAGAUUUGGAUGGAAAUGGAAUUUUGACACGGAAUGAACUGCAGUACUUCUAUGAGGAACAGUUGCAUCGUAUGGAGUGUAUGGCACAGGAGCCUGUACUCUUCGAGGAUAUAUUGUGCCAGAUUAUUGACAUGAUUGGACCUGAGAAUGAGAGUUAUAUCACUCUGCAAGACCUGAAAAAUUCGAAGCUCUCAGGAAGUGUUUUUAAUGUUCUUUUCAACCUCAACAAGUUUAUGGCUUUUGAGACGCGCGAUCCAUUUCUCAUUCGCCAGGAACGUGAAAACCCUACUCUGACAGAGUGGGAUCGCUUUGCACAUAGGGAGUAUAUAAGGCUUUCAAUGGAAGAAGAUGUUGAAGAUGCCUCUAAUGGAAGUGCAGAAGUAUGGGAUGAGUCGCUCGAGGCUCCAUUCUAAGAACAUUGUGGAUUUUAACAGAGAUUGGAUCAUUCCCCGAGCAGGCAAACCCAAUGAAAGAGGCAACUCAGGAACAAACUGCGUGGAGAUUUGCUGGCCUUUUAAUGUGGAGAAAAUCUGCGGUCCGCCCACCAAUCUCAUGGAAGUUUUGGGUUUCUGUUGGGCAGUCUGGGGAUCUUUUGGCCCGAGGUAACUGAGCAAGAGGUGCCUGCAAUGAUGGAAAUUGGAAAGCGAAGAGUAACUAACCAAGGCUUUCAUGUGGGAGUAAUUUGGGACGAUUUUAGUACUUAAUUUUUCUGUUCUUGAUUGUAAGUUAUGCUUCAAUCAUAAUCAGCUCUUGGUGGCUCCGGUUCAGAUUGAAUUUUGAGAAUUAUAUAGGUUUGUUCUUUCUCGAGAGUUAUUGGUACCAAAGCUGUUUUCAUUUUCUUUAUAUGGAUUAUUGUGGCUGUAAGAGGUAUUUGGCUGUCGAAUUUUUCCUCA